CGUCCAUGCCCACCAGCAGAAACUGAGGGAGAACGAUGAUGGUCCUGCCACAAAAGAUACUAUGAUAUUCAGCAUUACCCCAGAGCCAGAUUCUGAUCGUGAUGCUAUUCUCUCAGUUUCUCCAGGGUUGUUCCAACAUGAAUACUUAAUCAAGUGCGUAUACAUGGAGUUUGACAAAGGGACCGUAUACGAGGAUAAUCAUGUCACACAAGAUGGGAAACUGGUGAAUGAUCCUCCGUACCUGCCAUCACCAAGUGCAAGCUGGAGAUUCAAAAACUACAAAGGAGCUUUGUCUACUCGUCCUCUAGAUGGCACAGGGAUGUCCUACCUGGAGUUCUGGACCGACAUUGAAAUCAAGCAGGUCCAUGAGGGAAGAAGCCUUAUCUUUGAAGCAGCUGUUGCAGAUAGGGACGUCAUAGAUCUGCACCACAAGGCCGAGGACCAGACCCAUGCUUGGGGAGUCUCACUGUCUAAAUGCCCAGAACAUGACGGUCUGUGCCGCAGAACCUGGGGAGCCGGACAGAAGCUGUCACACCACCCACACACGCUGCCCAACCAGCAAGACUCCAAGGCUCGACUCCGGUUCGGGUUCCUCAUCAUGCAGAAGCAGAAGAGGCUGGUGGUGAUCGAUUGUAACGAGGAGAAAGUUCUACUCACAGCUGAUAACAUCAAGAUCUCUCGCCCUCUCUGGCCAGUGUUUGGGGUCUACAACACUGACUUGUCCCAUGUGGAAACAUCGUUUGUGAGCGGCACAAAUCUGAAGAUGGACAGGAACAUCGCCUGGCUCAUUCUCCAGAAUAUGUAGAUAGUGGUAGUCCGUGGAUUUGGACUGUUUGUUGAUUUUGCAUUUUCCGACACAUUUCUGUAACAUUUGCCAUACCAUAGGUUUGUUGGUUGCCAUUUGGUUAUUCACACCUUAAGUAAAGUCUGUAGGUUUAGUAAGUACGUAACAUAGAUAUCAGUCUGUAAACCACGAUUUUGUUGUAAUAUCGAUACAAGUAUUGAUUUAGAUAGGGAUUUAUUUCUGAUAUGCCUCUAAAUAUCGUCACAGGAUUGUUUGACAAAUUUAAUCUAGUCUUUUUCGUUGUCAUUUCGAUAUAUUGCAUAAGCCACAACAAAUCAAGUUGAAUUCAAGAUGUAAUAUAACACAGAACCUUUUUGUGCUGUAAGUCACAUCUUGGUAUGGACAAAUACAUUCUCUUCUUAAGGACGCGUUUGCGGAUAUGAUGGCUGUACUACAACUUCAUGGAUCAGUGAUAGCAGCUGCACAAAAAUACAAUGUUUGGAAAGAUAUGAAGCUUAAAUGCAAUUGUCAGAAGCCGUGUAGGAAAAUUCAAUUUUUAUCAUGUCUCGAAGAAGUUGUAGUUGUUCCUGGCGCACUGCUUUUGAGAGCUAUUGGGUGUGACGAUAUUUAUAGUCUGGCCACUGCGGUAGGUCAAUUUCAACCAUGAACUUCUGUGAUAUUGUUUGUGCUUUACGGUGAAUAAAGGG